UGUUCUUCACUGGCAAUAAUGGCGGCACUGCAAAUCAACUUAAGACCCUUUACACCCCAGGUCCAACACUUGCGAGCCAAAUCCAUCAUCGACCAUGUCAGUAGACCAGCUAAAAUUCGCUGCUCCGCCACCCCUCCCACAAAAAGCUACAACAUCACUCUACUUCCCGGCGAUGGAAUUGGUCCCGAAGUCAUCUCCGUCGCCAAGCACGCCCUCAAACUCGCUGGAUCUCUCGAAGCCGCCUCCUUCCUUCCCUCUGUCCAGUCGGUUUCUUUCCCUCAUUCUCUCUGUCCAGACUCCGGUUAAUCUCUCUUGGCGACCAGCGGACCAGACCAGGACUCUCGGGAUCUCGAUGUUGAUCUGUAACAGGAUAAGAAAAAUGGAGGAUACAUCAUGUACUCAACCGACUGUAGAUGUCAAUAUUGAGCUUGAGAAUACAUUGAAUGCUGCCCCAGAUACAGAAAGUGGAGAUAAUAAGAAUGAUGAAAAGCGGCAAUGUACUUCCACAUCAGAGGUAUGGGGGUAUUUUAGAAAGUAUGUAAAUCAAGACAAUGUUACAAAGGCACAAUGCAACAAAUGUAAGAUUGAGUAUAAUGCUGCUAGUAAGUAUGGAACUGGUAAUUUGUAG